AUGUCCACCAUCCAACACAACCACCACAACCACCACAUGCCUCAACAACAUCACUCGCCCAACAGCCGCGCGGUCCACCAGGGGCUCAUCCCAACCCGUGGUUUCGCAUCUUCCUCCGCCCAGCCGCAAGCUCAAGGCCCGAAACUUCUGGCCCCCUCAUCUGGGGUCAGCACCCAUGCCAAUUUCGGUGUUGGCAUCAUCUGUCUUUACUGA